AUGACGAGAGCUCCCGACCUGUGGACUUUAAACAUGUUCUCGUGUGGGAGAUGGAUCGCAUCCUCGUUCAUCACUGCCGCCAUUCUGAUCGGGCUUUUCGCACCCAUUCCCGCAUCAUGGCAAACGCUCCUUGCAAUCACUCCAAGGCCUCAUCCGAGCGGCACAGCGACAUUUCCUCUCCAGACCGUACUCGAUGACCCCCAACAAGGCUAUUCUGCAAAGCGUCCAUUCCAGCCCGGCAUCACCAAGCCAGCCGGAGAGAACUACACCAAGAUGCUCGUGAUACCACGCACGCACGCCGAGAACGUUGACUGGAUUGACGAGAACUUCGGCCCGGACGCCAACAUCGAUUGGAAGAUCUACGUAGUCGACCAGCCUGAUGCGCCGCUGCACCCACCGCAGAACAAAGGCCACGAGGUGAUGGUCUACCUCUCCUACAUCAUCGACCACUACGACGAUCUGUCCGACGUGAACAUCUUCAUGCAUUCCCACAGGCACGCGUGGCAUAACAACGAUCUCUUAGGCAGCGACGCGGUGCAAGUAGUCUCAAGGCUGUCUUCCGAGCGUGUACUCAGGGAAGGCUACAUGAACUUGAGGUGUCACUGGGACCCUGGGUGUCCGGGCUGGAUGAAUCCCGGCAACAUCGAAGAGGAUGUCAACAAGCAGGAAGAGACCAUGCUGGCGAAAUCUUGGUCCGAAUUGUUCCCUCUGGACGCCAUCCCGAAUGUCCUCGCGCAGCCAUGCUGUGCUCAGUUCGCCAUUUCCCGGGACAGGAUCCGCGGUCUGCCACUGGCGCGAUAUGUUGCUUUCCGGGAAUGGUUAUUGAAGACCAACAUGUCAGAUUAUUUCAGCGGGAGGGUGUUUGAGUAUAUAUGGCAGUUCAUCUUCACAGGAAAGAAUGUGGUCUGUUCGAGGGAACAUGUGUGCUACUGUGAUGGCUUUGGCAUCUGCUUUGGGGGAGAGAAGGAAUAUGAUGUUUAUAACGAAAAGUUGAAGGAGCGUACGCGUAUGGAGGAGGAGCUACAAGAGUUAGAGGAUUUACGGAACAAUGGACAGCAAGAUUUCGCGCUGCCGGAGGAGCGCAAAUAUAUUGAGUUGCAGGAGAAUAUCGAGAGUCUCCGGGCUUGGUGUGAGCGGGAGAAGGAUAACGCGAGAGCUCGGGGAGAUGUUGCUGAAUACCGAGCGCGGGAAGUAGGGAGAUCUUGGAAGGACGGAGAUGGGUUCUGA